AUCACCAUCACACUGUCACUCUCAGUGCCACCAUGCUGGCCUCAGGGCUGCUCCUGGUGGCUUUGCUGGCCUGCCUCACUAUAAUGGUCUUGAUGUCUGUCUGGCAGCAAAGGAAGCUCUGGGGAAAGCUGCCUCCUGGCCCACCUGCAUUGCCUUUCAUCGGGAACUACCUGCAGCUGAACACAGCACAGAUGUACAACUCCCUCAUGAAGAUCAGGGAGCGCUAUGGUCCAGUGUUCACAGUCCACCUGGGCCCGCGGCGGGUCGUGGUGCUCUGGGGCCAGGAGGCAGUGAAGGAGGCUCUGGUGGACCAGGCAGAGGAAUUCAGUGGGCGAGGCGAGCAAGCCACCUUUGACUGGCUCUUCAAAGGCUAUGGCGUGGCUUUCAGCAACGGGGAGCGGGCCAAGCAGCUUCGGCGCUUCUCCAUCACCACGCUGCGGGACUUCGGAGUGGGCAAGCGGGGCAUCGAAGAGCGAAUCCAGGAGGAGGCAGGCUUCCUCCUUGAGGCCCUUUGGGCCACACGUGGUGCCCUCAUAGACCCCACCUUCUUCCUGAGCCGAACUGUCUCCAAUGUCAUCAGCUCCAUUGUGUUUGGGGACCGCUUUGACUAUGAGGACAAAGAGUUUCUGUCACUGCUGCGCAUGAUGCUGGGAAGCUUCCAGUUCACAGCUACAUCUACAGGGCAGCUAUAUGAGAUGUUCCACUCAGUGAUGAAACACCUUCCAGGGCCACAGCAACAGGCAUUUAAGGAGCUUCAGGGGCUGGAAGACUUUAUAGCCAAGAAGGUGGAGCAGAACCAACGCACGCUGGAUCCCAACUCGCCGCGGGACUUUAUUGAUUCCUUCCUCAUCCGCAUGCAGGAGGAAAAGAAGGACCCCAACACAGAGUUCUACUUGAAGAACCUGGUACGGACCACACUGAACCUUUUCUUUGCGGGCACCGAGACGGUCAGCACAACCCUGCGAUAUGGCUUCCUCUUGCUCAUGAAGCACCCAGAUGUGGCAGCCAAGGUCCAUGAAGAGAUUGACCAGGUGAUUGGCAAGAACCGUCAGCCCAAGUUCGAAGACCGAGCCAAGAUGCCCUACACAGAGGCAGUAAUCCACGAGAUCCAAAGAUUCGGAGACAUGCUCCCCAUGGGCCUGGCUCGUAGAGUCACCAAGGACACCAAGUUUAGAAACUUCCUGCUACCCAAGGGCACCGAAGUGUUUCCAAUGCUGGGCUCUGUGCUGAAGGACCCCAAGUUUUUCUCCAACCCUCUGGAUUUCAACCCCCAGCACUUCCUAGAUGAGAAGGGGCAGUUUAAGAAGAAUGAUGCGUUUGUGCCCUUCUCCAUUGGAAAGCGGUACUGUUUUGGAGAAGGCCUGGCUAGAAUGGAGCUCUUUCUCUUCCUCACCACCAUCAUGCAGAACUUCUACUUCAAGUUCCCGCAGCCACCCGAGAACAUCAAUGUGUCCCCCAAACAUGUGGGCUUUGCCACCAUCCCACCAAACUACACCAUGAGCUUCCUGCCCCGCUGAGCUAGAGCUGUGACUGCUGCCACAAAAGUCCAGGGCUAGUGGGAGAGCAAACGGAAGAGGGGUGUGGCCUGGGUGGGCCUAGAGUUAGGGGCAGGGCUAACAAUAGAGUUAGGGGCAGGUAGGAAGAGGGCUGGAAGAAAAGAAGGUGCAAGGUGGAUAGUAGAGGAAGAAAAAACACAUGAGCUGUCCAUUCACCUUGCUAGAGAUUGAGACUUCAGAGCUGGGAUGAAAGGAAGCAAAACUUUACACAGUACUAUGAGUGGUAAUAAUAAUGGCUAUUAUCUAUUAA